AUGAUCGAUGCUGAAAAUGUCAGUGACGUUUUGAAUACUGAUAUCCGAGCACCAAUCCCAGACUCCAUCGAAACCAAGAUUCUUUCCUUGCCGCCCUUCGUGACCCUGCCUGGCGUCUCCAACUUCCGAGAUCUAAGCCAUGAUAAUGACCUGCGACCCGGAUUUGCCUACCGCUCGGGUAAUCUAUCUGAUAUCUCUGGGGAGGGAAAGUCCAUCCUAUCCAGUGAACUAGGCAUUACCACAAUAUUUGAUCUCCGAAAUCAAAGCGAGCGAGAGCGAGCUCCUAGUCCAGAGAUUGAUGGAAUUGAAACAAUAUGGAUGCCAUACGGAGCCAGACCCGCGACAUUGAAUCUUCGAGAUUUCAGCAAAGAAGAUCAGGGUGCAACGGGAUUUGUCAAGAUGUAUACAGGCAUUCUCAAUGCAGCUACCCCAAUAUUUACAGAGGUGUUCACUCAUAUCAGAGAUGAGCCGAAUGACCCCUUUAUCUUUCAUUGUUCAGCUGGUAAAGACCGAACUGGAGUGUUAUCGGCACUGAUCCUACUUCUCAUUGGGCAAUCUCACCGUGUCAUAAUCGAUGAUUACAUGUUGACCCGAGUGGGACUAGAGAGCGUACGGGAAAACCUGAGUCGAGCACUCGGUAUCCGUCUUGACAGUGAUUGCUUAAGUCCAGAGGCGAAUGGCAUGGUUGAAAUCAGUGGAGUUCGGGCGCAUGCAAUGGAAACCUUUCUGAAGACCUUCGAGGCCACUUACGAUCGUGGUGUUGAAGGAUAUCUGACUACUCAACUUGGAUUCUCCCUUGAUGAUUUAGAGCUGAUGCGGAGGAACUUGACACAAUUUUGA